AUGCCGGAAGUUGUAAACAAGGAUCUAUUACCCAUGGGUCUAUUCAGCUUUAGCGGGUCCCAGCAGGGGAUUAAGAUCCCGACGUUCGAAUUGUCUCCCCAGCCGGAUUCGACCGAUCUCAGAAUACGUUCGCUACUAUAUCUUUUCAAGGCGUUGCGCAUCAAUAAGCUAGCAGCAUUUCCCCACGCUGAUGGUUCGUUGAAGUAUAUCGAAAGUGAUGGUGACACAGAAGAUCCUGCAAGGUCGAUCAAAUUGGACAAAUUAUACAACCUUCUGCAUUUCGUGAACUUGCUCACUUCAGAACCACAACGAGUGCUUGUGGACUAUCCUAAAAACAAGUUCAGAGCAUACUGUAUUUUGUCGGAUCUACCUAGUGCAAAUCUUUCAAGACCACUGUCGCCUACGAAAAGCCGCUCCGAGAAAUCUUCACUUGAAUUUGAGAAUGGUUAUCCCGUAUUCGUUGACUACAGGGGAAAGCGAGCAACCAAUUUCGCUUUCUCGCUUCUCCAGACGGGGCAGCAGGUGAGCCUCAGAGAGCUCGCUACUAUUCUUGCCAAUUCUCUCGUAUACGUCGAACAUCACUCUUACGUCCCCUUUCUGGCUCGCUUAAAUACAGCAAAGAAGUCUAUUCAGCUGGUAUCCAGAGCGAACCUAACUGACGAAUCAUGCUGCGAACUCACGGAAACGUUCAAGUACACCGUAGUGUUCAGAUACUUGAAAGAUUUGGCUUUCUUGAUACAACUACUCCGAAUUUACGACGAGUAUAUGAAGAAAACACCCAAGUCUCCGACAACAUCGCCCCUGUUGUCGUCAAGCUCGAGAUCGCUGCCUCAAUUAUCACCGGGGAAAAAGACUGCCACCUUAUCUUCAAAGAAGUCCACAUCGUGUUUGGUGGGAGGAGAGAGGUCUCUAAAAGCAAAGCCAUCAAUUUCCAACUUCCGGGCCAACGAGAUAUAUAAUCCAGUCACCUCUCCACAGAAAAAGUCAUCAAAGACUCCAUCUUCUCUGACUCCGGAUGAAAUUUAUGGGCGGGAGAUCGUACAGGAUUUGUGGGACAAAUGCAAGGCAUCAAUACGAUUGAAGCUUGAGCGAGAAAUGAGGACCAUCGAAAAGACGGGGCUCAAUAGGUAG